UCAACGAAUUUGUAAUUGGUUUCGUUUUGAGUUAAGUUUUAUUAUAAUUGUAGUAUCUUUUGCAUAGUAUGAUUCUUUAAUAUGUACUGCAUUGCUUUUUAAAAUAACAUUUGAUUGUUUAUUAACUGAUUUUACUAGUAUACAAGUCCAGAUUUAUUUACAAUUUAAGAUUUAUCGCAAAUAAGUAUUUCUGUAUAUUUUAACCGUUUUAAUUGAAGAUAACUCAACGUUGGUUCUCCAUGAAGAGAGUGCGAUUUGAAUCACCGUUGAAGGAUAUAAAUAGGAAUAUUAUGAUUAACGACAGUGAAUCUCAUUCACCACGACAGUUUAUAGGGAAGCAAAUAAAUUCAGCUCCAACUCUGGACCAUCCCGGAUAUGGACGGGUAUUGUCCUAUUCGACUGACCCUGUGCGAAGAUAUGAAUAUGGGAAUAGUUCACCUUAUCCAACAUUAGAAAAAUCAUAUGCACCGAAAUUUUCAGCAAUAGCUCAUCCAAAAUUACCAUCAAAUGAUCUCGAUUUGAGCAUGUUAGAUAUUUCCAAUGUGGCGCCACAUAAACACAAUUUUUCUUCAAUUGCUAAGAAAUGUGACGAAGUAUCAGAGAAUUGCCAGAAAAGGUCGACAACUGCAAGAGAAAAUAAUAAAUAUUCAAAUGGAACCAUUAGUGAAAAUGAUUUUUUCUUAAGAAAGGAAAACCUUAAAACAAUUGGUGCCCUAAGUUCUAUUGGUGAUAUUAGAAAGCUGACUCUAGAUAAAGAAAAUAAUCCUAUCAUAAGAAAACAAGAGCUUGCUCAACUUGGACAUUUAAGUCAUCUAAACAAUGCUUUUAAUUAUCAUCAAGAAACACUUAAAACCAGUGAAUCAUUGCAUGAAUAUUGUAAAUGUCAUCACUGUAGUUCAACAAGUACUCCAUAUAAUGAACAACAGUGCUUAGUACCGUCAUUGAAACUCACUCCAAUAAUAAAUGAACAACAAUGCUGUUGUAUGAUACAGAAAUCAAGAAUGUGUCCACAUCAUUUAAAUGCAAGCCCUAUUAAAGUCCCGUGUCAAUGUCAAGUACAAAACCCUAAAUCUAGCCCUAUAAAUGCUAUAGAUAAAAAGACAUGGGCUAUAGAAAAGUAUGAGAAUAAAAAAUCAGAUAACACUGAAGUUGUAGGACAAAACACCGUCACAAAGGAGAGAAGAGAACCAACCGUUGCAGAUUUGUUCAAAAUAAUAAAAUUACAGAACGAACAGUUACAGUUGUUGCAAGAAAAAGUUGAUAAAUUUAUAGAGAAUAGUAAUAAAAAAGAAGUUGAUAGUAGGCUACCUAUUCAAAAUGGUGUUGACAAUUUUACAGUACAAGCUGUUGGUAAUCAUCAACAUAAAAUGUCAAUAGGUGUAAUGACUAGUUUUGAAAUGGUUUGUACAUCAACUGUCAUCAAUAAAGAAGUUAUAAAAAAAUGUGAGGCACAGAUACAGUGUAAUAGAUCACAAAUCAGCAUUAAAGAAGUUUCCAAAGCACAGCCGGUCAACAUAAAUUUUUUAGAAGGGAUACAAAAGAAUGGGGAAUCUGAACCAGAGAUUGUUAAUGAUAUGAUAAGAAAUACUAAUAUUGAUGACAAAACAUUGAAUGAAUUAAGUUUAUAUAAUCUACAUGUUGACAAUGCAACUACACCCCUUAUGUCUCCUGAUCAAACUCUAUAUUUGGAUGUAAAAGAUUACAGCGAUUCUGAUUCUGGAAGUGAUGAUCCAUCAAAUGUGGGUUGGACAUAUUAUAAUAAAGUUAUGACUCAUGUGAACGGUAUUCUGCAUGAAUCUGAUAUGCCUUCAUCAGCCAGUGCUAUGUACAGGAACACAAGGCAGAAGUGCUUAAUGCAAAUUGACAAAACAAAUGUUAGUGUUACUAAAAGGGUGACAUUUGGACAGAAUCCUGUUGAAAUUCCACAAGCACCUACUACAACAACAGAUACAAGCUUAAAAAUGAACCAGCUUGCUGCAAAAUAUUUGAAGACCAACCAGGAUGGCCUCGCAUUAACAAAUGUGCCAGCCCAACCAACUGACUUGUCAUUUGCUACGAAGAACUACAUGGAGAGACAUAAGAUUCUGCAAGGUAAAACUGCUGCGCCACAAAAAGUGCAACAAGACAUGCCAAAAUUUUUAGAUAUUACAGUUUUAAAACAGCAACCGAAGUUCCUAUGACUUUAAUAUUUUUUUUUUGAUAUUGUGUAUUAAUUUAUAAUUACCAAAACAUGUAAUUUGUAAUUAAUAUUUUAUUUUAAUGAAUUUUUGAUUAUGACUGCUAUAUUAGUAACUAUGUUUGUAAGUAUGUGACAUAAGACAUUCUUAUUGAAUUAAAACAAUUUAUUUAAACAGACAGGAUUUUAUUCAAACAUCAUUGAAAAUAACAAUUAAAUUCUAUAAUAACCAACCAUAUACAACAUAUUAUGGAAUACUUUUCUUAUGACUAAACACUUCUCAAUAAUCUACGAAACAAUUAAGUCUAUGUCAUAGGCAUUUGUGUUUUGUGGUGGUGGUUAUGAGAUUGUGCCAUUAUCUUAUAGUAAUUCUUUUUAUAAAUAUAACAUGAAUAUUUCAUGAAUAAUGUAUAGUACUUUUCGUAAUAAUGUAUUUAACACAUUUUUUUUCGAAUCGAAACCCCAGUGGGACCAUAGACCGAACAGACUUCCACAAGAUCCGCGGGGCUUACCUUAUAAAUAAAUAUAUGUACUUAUCCACUAAUCUUUAAGGAAAGUUUAUUUUUUUCGUCAUAAGUGGAUAGACACUUGUGACGUUGGCAACACUGUAUGGAGAUACAGUGUGCAAGCAAGCAAGCACACACGAAGGUGUAUGCUUGGUGGAAGCAUUAAUUCAGUAUGGUUUGGAAAUAAA